CUCACUGCUAUGACUACACCACUGAAGGAUGCAAUGGACACCUUGAUCAAGAUUUUCCAUCACUACUCUGGCAAAGAAGGAGACAGAUACAAGCUCAGUAAAGGAGAACUCAAGGAGCUUCUCACCAGUGAGCUCACUGACUUCCUUUCAGGCCAAAAGGACCCACUCCUGGUCGAUAAGAUUAUGAAAGAUCUGGACUCCAAUGAUGACAACGAAUUGGAUUUUAAUGAAUUUGUCAUUCUGGUUGCUGCUUUGACUGUGGCAUGUAAUGAUUUCUUUGAAGAACAGCUAAAGAAAGAGGGAUUUUAAAAAAUCCUCUAUAUAAUCAAUCUCCUGUCCACAAAUGCAAGCAAAGCACGUCUAGUUAGGUAACCCUCAUCGGUGCUCACCGCAUGCAAACCACCGUUCCCCCAACUGUUACUGCUGUAAGAUCUUUAUGGAGCUGAUCAGCAGCUGGUAUAAG